AUGUCAUCCAACUUGAAACCUGACGAGCAGCGCGUCGAUUUUCCGCGCUGCGUCGAGUGUGGUGGCUAUGGUAUGGGACUUGUCAUGAACGCACAGAAGCUCUGUACACACUGUGCACGCAUUAAAAAGGUCUUUUUUGACCCAGAUAGUAAUAAAUUCUGUCGUGAUGAAGGCUUUAUUGACAUUUCACCAAGAGCCGACGGUGGUGUAUUGAAAAAGAUUGUUCGUGAAGGAAAAGCAAGUAUACAAAAGCUGGAAGAAGGCUGUCCGACAAUUGUGCAUUAUGUUGGCCGGUUAAUGGAUGGCUCUAUAUUUGACACAACACGUGAUAUGUUGGAUGGAAAAUAUGUCGGUGGAACAGAUGAUCCAUUCGAAUUUCAAUUGGGUCGAGAAAAAGUGAUCAAGGGCUGGGAUAUUGGUGUUGCUACGAUGAAUGUAGGUGAAGUGGCACGAUUUAUCAUUGCUCCAGAAUAUGGAUACGGUCAUAAGGGGUUUGCACCAAAAGUAGAACCUAACGAGACUCUUGACUUUGAAAUUGAGUUGAUCAGUUUUAAAGACCCCCUGCCUCGCUUUCCUACUCAAGCUGAACUUGCAGAAUCUCGCAAAAAGCAGCAUGAAGAGGAUUUGAAAUUACUGGAGGAAAACCCGCCGCCUACGGUUGAUGAACGUAUUGAAAGCGCACUGGAACAGAAGGAAAAGGGCAAUGCUUUGAUCGCUAAACAAGAUUACGAUCAGGCUCAGAAAUGCUACGACUCGGGGUUUGUUCACAUAUUUUACUCCAAGGAAGAGUGGGAGAACUUUUUGUCCCAAGAAGACAAAGACAAAGUUAACAAGGUAAAAUUGCUGCUCUAUCUUAACCGAGCGCUGUGUAAGAUCAAGCUUGCAAAGAUUGAGGAUGCGCUUUGGGAUUGCGACCAGGCAAUACUUCUUGAUCCGAACAACAGCAAGGGUCACUUCCGUCGAGGCCUUGUGUUCACAGAAAAACUGAAGAACGAGUUGGAAAAGGAAAAGAAUGGCGAGUUCUGGAUUGUUGACAAGGGUUUUGAGUAUUUAUCGGAGGCUGCAAAAAGUUUUGACAAGGCGAAGGAGCUUAUCGGCGACGCUAACGACCAUAAACUACUACACGCCCUAGCCGACCUUAAGCGAAGUCAAACGUUGUUAAACAAGUACGCGGCCAAGUACAAAGAGGACGAGAAAAAGUUGUACAAGGAAAAAAUCUUUGACCGUUUGGAGGCCAAGAAUAAGGAGCUUGAGAAGCAGGAAAAGCUAAGAGCGGAGGCCGAGGAGUUUGAUGAUAUGCCUGCGCUUGAAUAA